GCGGCUGCGGCUGCGGCUGAGCCUCGCGGCCUCCGUGCGGCGGCGCCCCCGGGGGCUCAUCAUGUCCGGCACCAGCAGCCCCGAGGCCCUGAAGAAGCUGCUGGACAACAUGCAGGGAGACCUGCGGGCCCUCUCCCUCGACUGCAAGAAGAAGUUCCCGCCCGUCAAAGAGGCAGCUGAAUCAGGAAUAAUAAAAGUUAAAACGAUAGCUGCACGAAACACUGAAAUUUUGGCCGCCCUGAAAGAAAAUAGCUCGGAGGUGGUUCAGCCUUUUCUGAUGGGUUGUGGAACCAAGGAACCAAAGAUCACUCAGCUGUGUCUGGCAGCCAUUCAGCGGCUCAUGUCACACGAAGUGGUCUCUGAGGCUGCAGCUGGAAAUGUUAUCAAUAUGCUGUGGCAGCUGAUGGAAAAUAGUCUUGAAGAACUCAAGCUACUUCAGACCGUUCUUGUUCUUCUAACAACCAACACGGUCGUUCACGAUGAAGCACUCUCUAAGGCAAUCGUGCUUUGCUUUCGACUGCACUUUACAAAAGACAAUAUCACAAACAACACCGCGGCCGCUACGGUGCGGCAAGUGGUGACGGUGGUGUUUGAGAGGAUGGUGGCCGAAGACGAACGACAGAAAGAUAUUGUUGAGCAGCCGUUACCGGUUCAAGGAAAUAGCAAUAGAAGAUCUGUCAGUACCCUCAAGCCUUGCGCUAAAGAUGCCUAUAUGCUUUUCCAGGAUCUGUGUCAGUUGGUUAAUGCCGAUGCCCCAUAUUGGCUAGUAGGUAUGACAGAAAUGACUCGGACAUUUGGCCUUGAACUUCUGGAAUCAGUCCUCAAUGAUUUUCCUCAAGUGUUCUUACAACAUCAAGAAUUUAGUUUCCUUCUUAAAGAGAGGGUCUGCCCACUCGUGAUCAAGCUCUUCUCCCCCAAUAUCAAGUUCCGCCAAGGCUCCAGUGCUUCCUCUUCCCCAGCACCAGUUGAAAAACCAUAUUUCCCCAUCUGCAUGCGUCUCCUGAGGGUUGUGUCUGUCCUCAUCAAGCAGUUUUACAGUCUUCUGGUAACCGAAUGUGAGAUAUUUCUGUCACUACUGGUGAAAUUUCUGGAUGCCGACAAACCACAGUGGCUUCGAGCUGUGGCUGUGGAAUCGAUUCACCGGCUCUGUGUGCAGCCUCAACUGUUAAGGUCCUUUUGUCAGUCGUACGAUAUGAAGCAGCAUUCUACCAAGGUUUUCCGUGACAUUGUGAAUGCACUGGGGUCUUUCAUCCAGUCCCUCUUCCUCGUUCCAACGGCUGGAAGUACAUCUGCUACCGCAAAUCAAGCUGGAAACACUGCAUCUGGCGGGCCACCAUCAGCCCAGGCCAACUCCGGAAUGUUGGGGAUCGGCGGAGGGGUCACCGUGCUCCCGGCCUUUGAAUAUAGGGGCACUUGGAUACCGAUCCUCACCGUCACCGUCCAGGGCAGCGCUAAGGCCACCUACUUGGAAAUGCUCGACAAGGUGGAGCCCCCCAGCAUCCCCGAGGGGUACGCCAUGUCUGUGGCCUUCCACUGCCUGUUGGACCUGGUCCGGGGCAUCACUACCAUGAUUGAAGGAGAGCUGGGCCAGACGGAAUCCGAGGGACAGGCCUCGGCCGAAUCCGCGGCCUCCACGCCACAGUCCUCGGAGCAGCGAGACGCGCAUUCGGGGUCUGACCUGACGGAACAAGAGCUAGUUAGCAGAGCUGUUUGGGAAGAGAUGGUGAACGCGUGCUGGUGCGGUCUCCUUGCUGCACUAUCACUUCUUCUCGACGCCAGUACGGAUGAAGCCGCCACAGAGAAUAUUUUAAAAGCCGAACUGACCAUGGCUGCUCUCUGUGGGAAGCUGAGUCUCGUAACGUCAAGAGAUGCCUUUAUUACCGCCAUUUGCAAAGGGUCCCUGCCCCCGCAUUAUACGCUUACCGUACUCAACUCCUCGAGCGCCACGCUCUGCAACAAAUCAUAUUCCAUUCAGGGACAGAACGUCCAGAUGAUCAGCCCAUCCAGUGAGUCUCAUCAGCAAGUUGUGGCCGUGGGUCAGCCGCUGGCAGUCCAGCCUCAAGGGACAGUCAUGCUGACUUCCAAAAAUAUCCAGUGUAUGAGGACUUUACUUAAUUUGGCUCACUGUCACGGAGCCGUGCUUGGAACGUCGUGGCAACUGGUCUUGGCAACUCUGCAGCAUCUUGUGUGGAUUCUUGGAUUGAAACCUGGCAGUGGGGGUGCCUUAAAACCCGGAAGAGCUGUGGAAGGGCCCAGCACAGUUCUUACCACAGCAGUGAUGACUGAUUUACCAGUAAUUUCCAACAUACUUUCCAGAUUAUUUGAAAGUUCCCAGUAUCUUGAUGAUGUGUCCUUACAUCAUUUAAUAAAUGCCCUCUGUUCUUUGUCACUGGAAGCAAUGGAUAUGGCCUAUGGAAACAACAAGGAGCCAUCUCUCUUUGCAGUUGCCAAGUUGCUUGAAACAGGCCUAGUGAACAUGCACAGAAUAGAAAUUCUGUGGAGACCCCUAACUGGCCAUCUUCUAGAGAAGGUCUGCCAGCAUCCGAACUCUAGAAUGAGAGAAUGGGGAGCGGAAGCUUUAACCUCACUUAUUAAAGCAGGAUUGGCUUUUAAUCACGAUCCUCCACUCUCACAAAACCAGCGGUUGCAAUUGCUUUUAUUAAAUCCGUUGAAGGAGAUGUCGAAUAUCAACCAUCCGGAUAUCCGCCUGAAGCAGCUGGAGUGCGUCCUGCAGAUUCUGCAGAGCCAGGGCGACAGCCUUGGCCCGGGCUGGCCCUUAGUGCUGGGGGUCAUGGGAGCCAUCAGAAACGAUCAAGGCGAAUCCUUAAUUCGACCCGCUUUCCAGUGUCUUCAGUUGGUCGUGACGGACUUUCUCCCAACGGUCCCUUGCACUUGCCUGCAGAUCGUGGUGGACGUUGCCGGGAGCUUCGGCCUUCAUAAUCAGGAGCUUAAUAUCAGCCUGACCUCCAUAGGCUUAUUGUGGAACAUUUCUGAUUAUUUCUUCCAAAGAGGUGAGACUAUUGAAAAAGAGCUGAACAAGGAAGAGGCAGCCCAGCAAAAGCAGGCGGAGGAGAAGGGGAUCGUGUUAAACCGCCCCUUCCACCCAGCCCCACCGUUUGACUGCCUGUGGUUAUGUCUCUACGCCAAACUGGGCGAACUCUGUGUGGACCCACGGCCUGCAGUCAGAAAGAGCGCGGGACAGACUCUGUUUUCUACCAUCGGCGCCCAUGGGACUCUACUGCAACAUUCAACGUGGCACACUGUCAUUUGGAAGGUUCUCUUUCAUCUACUCGACCGAGUUCGAGAGUCUUCCACCACAGCCGACAAAGAGAAGAUCGAGUCGGGAGGUGGCAAUAUCCUCAUCCACCACUCCCGGGAUACGGCCGAGAAACAGUGGGCGGAGACCUGGGUACUCACGCUAGCCGGAGUGGCGAGAAUCUUCAACACCCGCAGAUACUUAUUGCAGCCUCUGGGUGAUUUCCCGAAAGCCUGGGACGUCCUCCUCGAUCACAUCCAGUCGGCCGCCCUGAGCAAGAACAACGAGGUGUCCCUGGCGGCUCUGAAAAGCUUCCAGGAAAUCUUACAGAUCGUGUCCCCGGUCAGGGACCCGGAGAAGCCGGACACGCCCCCCACGGCGGUCACGGGCCCCGGGCCGGUGGCCGCCCCGGUCCUCGUCGGGCCCCUGCCCGCCCCCGGGGCCCCGAGCAGGCCAUACACCCGAACGGAUUCCGUCGGCGACAGACUCGGGAGAUAUAACGGGUCCGAGCAACCCCCGGUGACCGACGAGAUCGAAGAUCUGAACCUCUGGUGGGCUGCCUGGAACGCCUGGUGCCGGAUCGGAUCCGAAAGUACCAAGCCGCCCGUCACGUGCGAUAAGUUAACUUUCAUUCCCAGCCAGCCGUUCCUCACGGCUUUAAUUCAGAUAUUUCCAGCUCUGUACCAACACAUAAAGCUGGGCUUCAGCAUGGACGACCUGCAGAAGUUGGGGGUCAUAUUACACGGCGCCAUCUCGGUCCCCAUCAGUUCCGACGCCUCCCCUUUCAUCCUGCCGUCCUACACGGAAGCGGUCCUGACCAGUCUGCAGGAAGCGGUGCUUACGGCUCUGGAUGUCCUACAGAAGGCAAUCUGUGUGGGCGCAGAAAACAUGCAAAUAAUGUACCCAGCAAUAUUUGACCAGCUCUUGGCCUUUGUAGAAUUUUCCUGUAAACCGCCGCAGUACGGGCAGCUGGAAACAAAGCACAUUGCAAAUGCGAAAUAUAAUCAGAUCCAACUAUUUGCGCCGGCGGAAUGGGUAGCCUUGAAUUACGUGCCGUUUGCUGAGAGAUCUCUGGAAGUGGUGGUGGAUCUGUACCAAAAAACAGCCUGCCACAAGGCCGUGGUCAAUGAGAAAGUGCUUCAGAAUGUCAUUAAGACUCUCCGGAUCCCUCUUAGCUUGAAAUAUUCCUGCCCGUCGGAAACCACGUGGAAAUUGGCAGUGUCUUCUCUUCUCAAAUUUCUGUCGAUUGGGCUUCCCGUAGCAAGACAGCAUGCUUCUUCGGGGAAAUUUGAUAGCAUGUGGCCAGAAUUAGCCAACACAUUUGAAGAUUUCUUAUUCACCAAAAGCACACCACCGGAUAAUCUUUCUAUUCAAGAAUUCCAGAGGAAUGAAAGUAUUGAUGUUGAGGUGGUACAACUCAUCAGCACAGAGAUCCUGCCAUACGCUAAUUUCAUCCCCAAGGAGUUUGUUGGUCAGAUAAUGACUAUGCUUAAUAAGGGCUCAAUACAUUCUCAGUCAUCUUCAUUUACAGAAGCAGAAGUGGAUAUUCGAAUGAGAGAGGAAUUUUCCAAAAUGUGCUUUGAAACCCUACUCCAGUUCUCCUUCAGUAAUAAGGUGACCACACCCCAAGAAGGCUACAUCUCCAGGCUGGCGCUCUCUGUGCUCUUAAAGAGAUCCCAAGAUGUUUUGCAUCGCUACAUAGAGGAUGAAAGGCUAAGUGGGAAAUGCCCUCUUCCACGGCAACAAGUAACUGAAAUCAUAUUUGUAUUAAAAGCAGUCAGUACUCUUAUAGAUUCACUUAAGAAAACUCAGCCUGAAAAUGUCGACGGCAGCACCUGGGCCCAAGUGAUCGCCUUGUAUCCCACCCUAGUAGAAUGUAUAACCUGCUCUUCGGCCGAGGUCUGCUGUGCGCUGAAAGAGGCCCUCGUUCCCUUUAAGGACUUCAUGCACCCACCGGCAACCAAGGUACAAAAUGGAGAAUCCUGACCGGAGAGGAGGGGGAGACACAAAGACACCGUAGGAGACCGGGUUGACUUCUGAGUUGGACUUGCCCUUGCAGCGUACUGGGGGGCGGGCCCCGGUUGCCCUCCUCGGAAUUCCACUCGACGGGCCCUCAGAAAUCCGGGAACGGAAGCUUCCACCUCACCCAAGAUGCUAGCACGGGCAGCGGCGGCGUCAGGCUUGAACCGGCGUCUGCAGGCUGGACGGCAGCCUUUUUAAUCGAACGUACCCGCGACGGGAUCCGGAAGCGACGACCCAAGAGUGGGCUUCUGUACAGUUUGUGGCGUGUGGGUGUGUUCAUGCUGUAAUUAAGACGAAAGAAAAAGUAUUUCCAUGCAGUCGAAUUUCUGAGGCUGGUGUUUUGCACCCUUUUUUUCCAAGUACAAGAUUGUACUCAAAUUUUAUGCAAGAUGGUACUGUAACAUUCCAUAAUAUCUGUAGCCAGCCUUUGUAAACAAAGGGAACCGAUAGACCUGCGUGUAAAAUAAAUGGUACAGUUGUGUAUAAAAUAGUUGCAUUUAUUAUUUAAAUUUCUAAAAUAUCGAGGAUGUUAAAUGCCUGACGAUGUGUUUCUCACGAGUAGUCAGCUGUAUGCUUGCAUUUUCACUCUGAUUUGCCUUCUUAAAAUAUCGAUCCAUACACGAUCACGCAGUCAUCUUUGUACUUAUUUUUAAUGUAUCAGUGGCCAUCAAAUAUCUCACCGGGUCGGGCGGUCAUAUUAAGAGAGUGGUCGACGGUCUGCGAUUUAAUGAUUUAAAACUCUGCUCUUUGGAAUUUUCGAUUAACUCAUUGAAGUAUAUGGAGAAUUACGAUCUCAAAGUGUUACUUUCAACUGUCAUCUUCAGUUACUCCAUUUUUGUAUCGACAGACUGGAUUUUCAAGAACAAUUCAUAUUUGGUUUUCUAUCUGUUUCCCGUUCCCCUCCCCCAAGGUACUUGUUGCUGUUUUUGAAUUUUGUCAUAUGCAGAUAUAUUUCUAGUAUUUCAGAAUCUGGGCCGCAACAACGUUUUGUUCAUUUCACCCGUUUUCCGUAUUUCAUUUCGGAAUGUCUUUUCAAUGACGGGAAUUAUGCUAACCUUUAAAUAUAAAAUGUGUACGUAUUUUCAGAUGAUGAGAAGUGUAUUUUUGAAGGUAGUCACACAUUUAGAAGUGCAGUAAACAUUGUCUUGGAGUAAAACUACAA